AUGGCAUCGACCAGUGACGAAGGCCCUGUAUUCGACACGGCAAUGGAACAGGACGAGGACAUGGCACAGGGAAAGCUCGACGAGCCAAAGGCUACCUACAAGUCAUUCAAGAAGAAGUAUCGGAAGAUGAGAAUCAAGUUCGAUGACUCGAUGGGUAAAAGCAAUGAUUACUUCAACCAAGAAAAAAAAGCUAUGGAGACUGCCAAAAGACUGAAGCAGCAGAACGAUCAACUCCUCGACCUACUCUUCGAUGUGAAUGAAUCUGCGCAGAUUCCAGUCGACAAGCGCAUCGACCUGACGGCCGACAUCCCCGCCCUUUCCCCAAUCCCCCCUCUGUUGAGCAACGAUGACCUCUAUAAUGCAGCCGAACUACAAACCCCCGAAGGCCAAGCCCUCUACAACGAAAUCCGCACAAUGAUAUCUGAAAAAGCUUCCUCGAACGACGCUUCCAAACCCCUCAAAUCUCUCGCUACCUUGAUGACAACCACCCCACACCUAUCUCUCAACCACCCAAGCCUCCCUUCAGAGCUGAUGACCUCUCUCGAGCCAGACGAAGGACAAACAGCACCACUAGCAUACCUCACACCCGACCAACUCGACGACUACAUCGACGAUGUCGACGCCUCCCUCGGCCUCGUGGCCCCUCUUCCCCCACAAUUCCAAAAUACGCCCCAGCACGACCUCACAUUCGGCAAUUUCCACAGCCCAUACAACUGGUUGCGUCGAAACGUGCCUCAGAUCUUCCUGCAAGACGGUGAAAGCAGCGAAAAGUCGCAUGGCAAGCCAGGCGCCUUGCGCGGAGCAGGAAAACGAGCCAGCAUGCCAGCUCCAAGCAAGCCUGAUGCAUUGGAGUUUGUGGAGGAGGAUGGAAUUGGGUAUGAUGCAGCGUUAGGUGGCCCGGUGCACGCGAAGGGCAAGAGGAAGAGGGAAGAGGAUGAUGGUGGGUAUCAUCCUAAGGGUGGACGGGCGACCGGGGAAGGCAAGGCGAAGAAGCCGCGGAAGAAGAAGAGUGAUGAGACGACGCCUGCUACGAGUGGAAGGAAGGGAAAGGGUAGAGCGAAGUUGAGUUCUCCUGCUGCAGAUCCUCAUUCGUUUGGGCCGAUUUGA